AUGUCUAAGCGCACUGUUAAGGUUGGAAUCACAGGCAAGUACGGCACGCGCUACGGCUCGUCGCUGCGUCGCCAAAUCAAGAACAUUGAAAUCUCGCAGCACAGCCGCUACACGUGCUCGUUCUGUGGUAAGGACACCGUGAAGCGCAAGGCUGUGGGUAUUUGGGACUGCAGUGCGUGCAAGAAGGUCGUCGCCGGCGGCGCCUGGUCGAUGAACACGACGGCCGCAGCUACUGUGCGCAGCACGAUCCGUCGUCUGCGUGAGAUCAGCGAGGCAUAA